ACCGUGGAAAUAAGCUGAAUGGCGCAGAAUCGUUGAAAAUGAGCACUUCAAGUAUAACAAGAAGAAAAAAUUCCGAAAAUGAGAUCCGAGAUCACCCGGAUCAAAACAAUGUCGAAGAACAAGAAGAGAAAGUGAAGUAUCCCAAAUCGGUGUUUUUCAUUAUCAGCAAUGAAUUCUGCGAGAGAUUUUCUUACUAUGGAAUGCGCACCGUCCUGUCGCUAUAUUUAUUUAACAUGUUGGGAUACAGUGAAAGCACAUCUACAAUAAUCUAUCAUGUCUUCAGCAGUCUCGUCUAUUUCUUUCCAUUGAUUGGCGCGAUCAUAUCCGAUUCGUGGCUUGGAAAGUUCAAUACCAUUCUUUAUUUGAGUAUUAUUUACUCACUUGGACAAGUAAUUCUAUCUUUAAGUGCGGCAACUCCCAUCAGAUUGCCUGCAAAAGAAUUUUCCAUAUUAGGUUUAAUCCUAAUAGCGCUUGGUACAGGCGGGAUAAAACCUUGUGUGUCAGCUUUCGGAGGCGACCAGUUCGUCUUACCUCAACAAGAAAAACAGUUAGCGAUGUUCUUUUCCCUUUUUUACUUUUCGAUUAACACAGGCUCUCUAAUUUCAACUAUACUAACUCCGGUGAUUCGUAAGACGGAGUGCUUUGGUACCGAUUGUUACUUCGUGGCAUUUUUGGUACCAGCCAUUCUAAUGAUUACAUCAAUUGUUGUAUUCGUCUUCGGGAAAAGAAUGUACAAAAUGGUCAAUCCUACAGGCAAUCUCAUCGUUAAAGUUACCAAAUGCGUUUGCCAUGCAAUCUACAAUAAAAUCAAAGGCAAAGGAGAAAAACGCGAUCAUUGGCUCGAUCAUGCCGAUGAUGUUUACGACAACAAGCUAAUCGAAGAUAUCAAAGUCGUACUGCGAGUCUUGAAACUGUUCGUACCACUGCCAAUAUUCUGGGCACUUUACGAUCAGCAAGGUUCUCAAUGGACUUUCCAAGCAACACGAAUGGAUGGCCAAAUAGGUAGUAUCGUAAUACUGCCUGAUCAGUUACAGGCCGUCAAUCCAUUGUUGAUCAUCAUUUUUAUACCAAUCUUUGAGACUGGUAUCUAUCCGAUUUUUGCCAAAAUACAUUUCAUUAAUACGCCCUUGAAGAAACUUGUUGUCGGCGGUUUUUUGGCCAGCGUUGCUUUCGUCGCAGCCGGUAUUGUCGAAAUAGAACUCGAGAAAACGUAUCCACAAUUACCGACAAGCGGAUCUGCUCAAAUCCGAAUUUUUAAUACAAUGAAUUGUACAGUGAGUGUAAAGUUAGAUCAAGUAAAUUUAGAUCGAAAUAAUAUAAUAAACCCACUAAGCAUGUCAGAAGUUUUAGAAGUAAAAGUAAACGAAUCUAUUAAAAUAUCCUACACAGCAGAUUUCAAAGACUGCUAUGAUAAUGGUUACAUCACAUUAAAGAAAAAUGAAGGUACCAUGCUUGUCGAGGAAGCCAGUGCAACAUCUUGGGUUAUAACGCCCUUGGGAUUAGAAUAUAAAUAUAAAGAUACGGUGAACAAACCGGAGAAUGGUAAGCCGAUGGUCCGCAGUGUCAUCUAUCUUGAGUCUGAAAGUAACGCCACAUUGAAGUUACUCUAUAAAGGCGAAAACAAGACGGUAGUAUCAAUUCCGGUCAGUUUCAAUUUCUCCGAAUCAAAGUUAAAAGAAAUUGAGGAUCCAAGCGAAUAUGACGUUUACCUAGACGAAAUACUGCUAGACAAGAAUGUGCCUUUUAAAUCCGGUGGAGUGUACACCGUGGUAGGGUCCAGAGUUAUGUAUAAUAACAAACCGAAGAUUGUUGGCAAAACAGUCACGGUCACGCCACCCAAUUCGCUGCAUAUGGCUUGGAUGUUGCCGCAAUAUGUCAUCAUCACAAUGGCCGAGGUGAUGUUCUCUGUAACAGGUCUGCAAUUUGCUUUUACUCAAGCUCCAGUAUCCAUGAAGUCUCUACUGCAAGCGGGUUGGUUGCUGAGCGUGGCCUUCGGCAAUCUCAUUGUAGUGAUCGUAAAGGGUUCGCAUCCCUUUGAGCGGCUAGUGUAUGAGAUUUUCCUAUAUGCCGUCUUGAUGGCAGUAGUAAUGGUGAUAUUUGGCAUCAUGACUAUAUUCUAUAAAUAUGUGGAAAUAUCAGAGGAAGAAAAUAAUGAUAUAGCCAUACCUUUGGAAGAGAAGAAUGGGAAUAUCAAUUUGGCCUACAAAGAUGAUGAAAAACGAUGAAGAAUAACAAUAAAGUGAGAAAUAAUAAUUUUCAUAUGUACCCUUAUUCGAAGAAUACGAAUAUGUGUCGCAGGUACAAAGAAUUACUCCAACAUCAAAGAUCCCCUCUAUUGAGCAUUAUGUCAUCCUCGGGAGUACGACAAGAUAUAGGAAUUAUUUUUUUUUAAUACACAAUCUCACUCUCAAUCUUUUUUUUAUAAAAAUAAUUAUGUCAGACUAAAGAUGUUCAGUGUAUAAUAACAAAUCUGAAAGUUCAUGGAGUGAGAAACGGGAUAUUUCAUAUAUUUCAAGAUAACAUUAAAAAUUUUAAUAACAUUAGAAGUUGUAAAUAAGAAAUUUUAAUAGUUUAUAUUUUUACAAAAUUAAAACAAAAGUAGGAAAUUAUUAUUAAAAUUGUACCAGUGCUGUGAAUGAAAAUUAAUUAUAAAAUGAACUGAAAAAUUUUAGAAAUUGAAAAAUUAAUUAAUUAAAUUACGCAAAUAUUAUAAAUGAGAAAUUUAACAAGCGAGCAGAAAUGGUUAAAUUAAAAUGAAAAAUAAAAAACUUUUAUUUACUGAGCUGCUUUGCCUAUUAAAAGUAGACAAGGAUAUAUAUAAAAUUUUCGAAAUCAUGAUAACUGUAUAUAAAUAUUUUUAUACAAAUUCAAAAUUUCACUAUACAAAUAUGUUUGCAAAAAAAUAUAAUAAUCAAUAACAAUUGUAUUUAAUUAUUUAAUUGUAUAAAAUAAAAUUAAAAAAUUACUAAAAAUAUAGAGAUAUAUUCAAAUUUUUAAGUGAUCAAAAUUGCGUAUGAACAUUUAUAUAAUCUGAACUAUGCAUUAUAAUUUAUAUAAUAACAUUUAUUUCCAUAAAUCCGGCUAAAUUUCCAUAAGCUCUAGCAUAACGUAAUAAUGCGUGUCAUAUAAGAUAAGAAUUUCAAAAGUGCAGUAAUUGAAUAAUCACAUCAUGUAAAUCUUAUCACGAAACAUUCUUUUAUGAAACAUUAAUUUGAUAUAUAUUAUUAAUUUGAUAUAAGUAUUUUACGAUUUUAUGCACAUGCUGGGGGGGCGAUUUUUUUUUUAUUUUUUUAUUAAGAGAAUUAUUGGCAGAUAAUGCCUCCUUGCUUCUGCACCGAUAUUCAAAGUAGUGACAAAUCGAAUCACAACUCUUCAGAUGCAUGUGCAAAAUCCGUGUAAGCUUAUUAAUGAUUUCAGCUCUAAAUCAUAAACUCGCUCCUUCGUUUUAAUAAAUAUACAAGUAGAACAAGAACAACUGAUUCAUCUACAUGAGGGUAGACCAAAUAUAAACGAGAACUUUUUUGAUAAUUAUUUAGAAUCUUCCCUCUACUCUCCCCCCCCCCACCUCAAAUCUUAAUAAAAAUACACUUAUUUGACGUGUUUUCACUCAAAACGAAAAAAUCUGGCAAAAAAACGCAGCGAUCGGCCUCGUGAAUAGAGUUAUUAAGCGUUAAAGUUGAAGACUUUAAAGAUUAAGAUAUCUAUUAUCCUAUAUAGAUGAUUCACGAA